GUGUACUGUGUAGAAGAAGUGCAGAGUGUGCGCAUCUGCAAACGUGGCUAGUACCUCGGAGUGCUUCGGAGGGUUAGGGUGUGAACUGUUGCUUCUCGGGCGUUUGUCACUAUUCAAGGAUCUGUCAAGAAUGUCGGCAUCAAAAGACAAAACCGUUUUCGUGACGGGUGGGGCUGGCUUCAUCGGCUCCCACUGCAUCGUCGAGCUCCUGGAAGCUGGGUACAAGGUAGUGACAAUCGACAACCUGACCAACAGUCGCUCCGGAGCUCUGAAGCGCGUUGAGGAGCUCACGGGCAAGAGCGUCACGUUCUACCAGUGCGACAUGCUCGACGCCGUCGCCCUUGAAGCUGUCUUCGCUAAGCACCACAUCGACUACGUGAUCCACUUCGCAGCGAUGAAGGCUGUGGGCGAGAGUAUGCUCUUCCCGCUCAUCUACUACAAGAACAACGUCAUCGGCACCAUAAAUUUGGUCGAGGCGAUGAAGAAACACAACGUGACUCAGCUGGUGUUCUCGUCGUCGUGCACGGUGUACGGCGACCCUGCAACGUUGCCCAUCACGGAGGACCAUCCCACCGGCAACGUCACCAACGUCUACGGCAGAACAAAGUACCUCAUCGAGGAGAUGCUCAAGGAUCUCUCGCGCGCUGACCCCGACAAAUGGAACAUCAUUUCACUGCGGUACUUCAACCCGGUGGGGGCGCACCCUUCAGGCCGCAUGGGUGAGGACCCGACGAAGCCCUUCACGAACCUCAUGCCCUACAUCAGCCAGGUCGCCAUCGGCAAACGCGACAAACUCACCAUCUUCGGCGACGACUACGACACAGUCGAUGGAACUGGAGUUCGUGAUUACAUCCACGUGAUGGACCUGGCCUCAGGGCACGUUGCUGCGCUAGAUCGCCUCGACUCUGAACAUCUGCGGUACAAGAAUUACAACUUAGGUUUGGGUCAUGGUUUGUCGGUGCUGGAGUUAAAGAGAGAGUUCGAGAAAGUGUGCGGUAAGAUUGUGCCGUACGUGAUGGAGCCUCGGCGUGUGGGCGACGUGGCUACUCUUUACUGCACGGCGAGUCUCGCCGAACGUGAGCUCAAAUGGAAGGCUACCCGCAACAUUCAGGUCAUGUGCGAGGACUUUUGGCGCUGGCAGACGCAGAACCCCAACGGAUAUGCAGACGACGCGCCCUACGAACCUGAAACUCUCUACGCCUCGCCUGUCAAAGCAGCCGCCGCCUCCCCGGCCGCCGUGAGCGUGAGCACCAACGUUGCCAACGGGCACUGAAUCUUGAACGGAAAUCACGUCUGAUAAUGGUCGCGCUAUUCAACGUGAUCACGCAGUGCAAAUGACGUAUAUUGGAGUUUAUGCAAAAAACGGUAUCGGCUAAUUUAACGCAUUACAGAUUGGAUGCAACAGGAACAGAAUCUGGACUAUGUUCAAAAUACCAGAAUACAGAACUUUUUUCUGUGUAUUUAAUUCCUGAUUGUGCCAGACAGUAUUAAACUUUGGGAUUUUAAUCAGCAAAAAUGAUGAGUUAUCCAUGGGAAUCUUGCGUCCUAUAUUUCAUGGUGUAAGAGCGAUAUGUAGAUUGUAACUACCGUACUUCGGUUAAAGUUUCAACUUCAAUAUGACAUAUUAUAUGCAUCCACUUUCAGGCAGGUAAAGACCAAAAUGCUACGUUACGCAACCUGUGAAAGAUCGGUAUAUUUUAGCACAUAUAGACAUUAUGAAUAAAAGUUUUGAGUCUAAUAAA